GCACUCAGAUUCAGAAAGCUGCAAGAUGUCGCCCCGUCUCUUGGCUCUUGGAGCCAUAAUUAUCGCGAGCUACGCCCAGGAUACUGACGGCCAGUGUGUUAGCGCCUUCUCAUCGUGCGCGGGGAGUUGGAGUGAAGAAGCCGCACCGUCAGAUCGCCUCUCGCCGCUAAGACGCGAGGGACGCUGUCUUGUCAGUUGCCUGGAAAAGGUUUUGGGAGAAAAUGGACUUGCAGCAACGACCGAUUUUGGACUAUGGAGGAGCUUUAGCAGUCGACGAAUUGAUGGCUCAAAAUUGUACUCAGUAUUCUAAGGUGAGAGAGUGUGUUCUCGGAUGUACACUGGGGAGAAAAGAAAACUGCACUGAGAACUGUGUAAAUGAAUGCAACGAAAGUUGUUCCAGCACUCGGAGUUGUAGCAGCACCUGCGAGUCAGAGUGUAGUGCAACUUCCUGCCAAAGGGGAUGUGAAAUUUCCCUCAGUCAAGAUGCGCCUCCAGAUGCCCCCACCUCCUUUUCCCUGACACCCAUAGAAGAUGAGAGUGGACGAUUCAGAGUCACUUCUGCGACUGCUCCUAAUACUCAGCCUUCAGAUGAAGUGUCAGCCUUUCUCUUCCGUAUAAAUGAAAACCACUACAUUUUACAGUCAAGUCUGAGUGAUGUUCUUGAUCUGAGUUACUUCUACUGCAGGGAAGUUCAAAUCUCUCUAGCAGUAGUUAAUGGAAAAACCCCUCCAACUUCUCUCCCUCGUUGUCUAUAUUCGUUCACGGAGUGGAUUUUGGUCGUACGUCUGUUGCUGAGGAUCUGCGACCGGGAUUUGAAGGUCAUUCAGUGAUGCAGUUCGAUUGGAAGAGAGUUGUUAAUCCUAACGUUGAGAGUCUGCAGAUUAAGGUGUUAGCAAUACCUCCGAAUGAUUUGUGAGUCAGCCAGAGGUCUGUGGAUUUCCUUUCCUCCCGGACAGCUACACAGUCAAUCUACCGACGGUAACACAAACGUUUACCACCAGAACCCAAUCUAACGUCUUACAAUGACAAACUUAUUUCAGAAUGUCACUAGCUAUGAGUUGUCUGCUCCCGACCCAGACCAUUUACCAUUGUUCGGACCUCGCAUAUUGUCUGGGGAAUGUUCCUACCAAGUCACGCUGGUUUAUUCUUUAAAAGUGGGUACAUAUUCAGCUCCACGUACCUUAACCUGUAAUACGCCCACUGGUUCCAUGCGACCGCCCGUGGACUACUCUUGCAGGGGAGAAAUCGACACAAUCACUGGAUUGCUCACCGCACAUUUAAAUUGGAACUAUGAGUACAACCCUAUCGUUGAGGAUGUGAUUCUGAAAAAGACGAUGUUUCUCCAAUCCUUUGCCGAUAGGGAUUUCGAAGCAGGAAACAUAGAUCUGGACCCAGAGAUAAGCUCAUUUGAGCUAACAAAUCCCAAUGGUAAAGUUGUUUUGCGAUGAUAAACACAGGAGCACGGUCAAUUACACCCAAACUAUAUUGAGUGGAGUAGUUUCUGAAAGUGUUGUCCUUAACAACUUCUGUGUUUUUGAUCACGAUGAAAAUGUGUAUGAGUUUCAACUUAACUUUCUGCCCAACUUGACUGUCUAUUGGUGGAGGAGUGGAAUAAUUCCCGGCAAGCAGGAGUGUGUCCUGAACUCAAAAGCCUUACCACCGGGACAGAUAGCAACAAUCGCACUAGACUGUGACACCAAACUAGUCCUUCAGCCGUUGCCUGAGGAUAAGACGCAGUACAGUAUAAGUAUUGGGUUUAGCUGGGAACCACCAAAGCUCCUCCGUGGAGGCAAUAAGUAUGAGGUCUCUAUUAGUGGGGACAUUGAUAGGACUGGGAUCCACAACCCCCUAACUGCUACUGUGAACAAAACUUCGAUCAAGAUUGUGAACGAAACUCUUCUUGUUCCUGAAAACGCCAAGCACAUUUUUAUCCAGAUUCGGACCCGAAACAUAAUCUGGGGGAACUUCAGCGAUCCAUUUUUGAUCCCACUCGAGGCAAAGGAUUUCUCAAACUGCAAUUUCACCAUAAAUGCUCUCGGGAGUCGCAAUCGACAAGAAGACAGUGGUCUUCCUCUGCCAGUGUUUGCCUUGGUCGUUGUACCAGUUGGCGCCGUGCUGCUCCUGGGAAUUGCAGCGGUGAUGGUGUGUUGCUGCUACUUGUCUCACAGGCGCCGAAAGAUGAUGGCUGUUUUCAAGGGUGAACGCGACCCACUUUUCUGGAGUCUGAGUCGACACGGUUCAAACUCGCACAAGCUACGAAACCUCAUUCCACGGGAAGACGAGUGGGAGAUACCGUCGAGCUGCCUGGUGAGAGAAUCCGAGCUGGGAGAGGGCGCGUUUGGAGAGGUCCACAAGGGAUUCGUGCGAGGUCCAAUAGAAUCAUCUAAGCUUCUCAAGUCAGCGGUCUGUACCACCGUCGCUAUAAAAUACCUCAAAUCCAAGGCAGAUUCGAACGAAAGGAGAGAUUUUGUGAAUGAGAUAGACAUGAUGAAGAAAGUGGCCAAAGGUAACAACACGCAUGUCGUGGGACUCAUUGGGUGCGUGACUGUCGAAGAACCACUUUGCCUUGUGAUUGAGUAUCUCGAGUACGGAGACCUCCAGUCAUAUCUUCACUCUAUCAAGAAAGAGCUUUCACUGAGGCAACAUGGUCUGAAGAAACUCUCAGAGAAUGAGGGAGAUCAGUAUGUGUGCAUGAUCAAGCAAAGACAGGUCGAUGAAGGUGACGUUGACGUUAAAGAUGAGGACGGUUUCGGACCUUAUGAGAAGAUGGCAUCAGUGGUGUCUAUGCCAAAGGAGAGUCCGUAUGCCGAGCUUGGGGAGAUUCAACCAGUGAAUCUAAUGCAGUUUGCUCACCAGAUCGCCUCUGGGAUGGAGUACCUCGCCAGUCUGGAGAUAGUACACCGGGACCUGGCGUGUCGCAAUGUUCUGGUGGGGGAAGGGAAGGCUCUCAAGAUUGCUGACUUUGGUCUCUCUCGAGUGGUGUCAGAGGGAGACGCCUACGUCAAGACCACCUCUGGCAGACUCCCCAUCAAGUGGAUGGCUAUUGAGUCCGUUAAUGACAGGGUCUUCACUGUUCAGUCUGACGUGUGGUCCUAUGGAGUUGUGCUGUGGGAAAUUGCCACUCUAGGAGGGUUUCCAUAUCCGACCAUCAACAAUGAGGAGGUUUUGGACUAUCUGCAGCAGGACAAGAGGCUGGAUCAGCCACCAGGCUGCGCAAACGAAAUUUAUGACAUAAUGAUAAGGUGUUGGUGGAAGAAGCCCUCUGAGUGGUGGCCGUCUUUCUCUGAGCUGAAACAGGCGUUUGGUGACAUGCUUCUUCAGGAGGUCAACUACAUGCAGCUGACCAGCCUCACUGAGACUCCCAUUACCACCAGGGUGGCCCAGCCGUAUGAAAGAGCAGUGUCUGGCCUCCAGGUGGAGCAGGGAAAUACGACCAGCUCCUACCAGUGUCCCUAGUCCUCAGCAGACAAACAGCGUUCUCUCAGAGAGACCACAGCUGGAUGGUGAACCAACUACAGAGUCUCCCAUACAUUCUGAUACCCCCAACUACCAGAAGGGCAACUGUGUCAAAUGGGGCCGCCCCUUCAUCAGGGGACACUGCUCAGAAUGGUGUCAGCAACCAUGACAUCAGCAUGUCAAAAGCCCGUCUCACCAACAUGAUUUCCCUGCAGCACUCAAAUGGAACUUCCGUUCAUCACACAGCAGUCAGCACAAGAAUUUCAAACCCAUACGUCUGUUCUUACCAGCCUUUUUUACGUGUAUAGUAACAACUACCCUUUAUGUGUAUAUUAACAACUUCAAGUGCAUCGUCUACUGCUAAUGAAUGUUUCAUUAACUUUAACAGUUUAUUCUACCCUCGGAGAGGGGCAAAAAAAAUUAUUCCACACUAAUAGUGUGUCCUCCUCCACGGAAAUCUUUAGUAAAA